GGAUACGGAAAGAAACAGUUUGGACUCUGGUUGCACGUCGGUUGAAGUGUAUGACGGACUCGUCCUCAGUUUAGCGAAGAACUUUCGAGUAAGCUUUCCGUGUAUUAUAUUAAUGGCCGAAGCGGUAGCUGAAGAAAUAUCUGCGCUGAGUGCCAUUUACUGUGAUAAGGAUGAAUUUGAGUUACUCGAAACGUCAGAUACAGUUGGAGCUAUAUUUAGAAUUCAGAUUGCAGUGGACGGUGGCUCAGAAAGGAUUCUUUUGAAGCUCCAAUUUCACUUGCCUAUUGAAUACCCAUCUUGUCUACCUGAUAUUUCAGUAAGCUGUGAGAGGCUCACUAGGAAACAGUGCCUAGCUAUAAAGCAUGCCUUGCUUGAAAAGGCCACUUUGCUCAUAUCGGGUCCCAUGGUCCAUGAACUGAUUGUGUGGCUGCAGCACAAUUUCACAGCUAUCAAUGAGAAAUCAGCAAAUCCAAGAACUCCCGAUUGUCAGAGUGAACAGGGUGGUCAUGCUGAACUAUGGACAGCUCUUCUGCUCCUAGACCACAUGAGAGCAAAAAGUAAGUAUAUGAAAACAAUUGAGAAAUGGACUUCAGACCUGGGACUCACAGGAAGGCUGUUUAUGGGAAAAUGGAUAUUAAUUCUUUUACAAGGAAGAAAAAGAAACAUUAAGGAUUAUGUCAUUCUUCAGAAAACCUCAAAGGUUGAUGUAGAUUCAAGUGGAAAGAAAUGUAAAGAGAAAAUGAUGCAGGUCCUCCGGGAAAUACAAAUGCCAUCUAGCUACCAACAAAUUCCAACAUUUGAAAUUAAAGAUUAUUCAUCUCAGGAGGACCUCAAGAAAGAAUUUGAAUUAGCUGGACUAUCAGAGCUGUAUCUUGAGCUUGUGCACAUGUUGGUGUAGUAAGUUUCUGUUAUCUAACUAAAUGUGGUCAAGUGUAGAUGAUUCACUGGUAUAUUAAAGGUUAUCUUUAUCUC